AUGGACGGAAUUGGGCCUGAAGUUGAGGUGUUCGCGAACAUUCUCGACGAUUGCCUCGCGGAUCAAGGUACCGAUCAGGAGAAACGCGCAAGGGUAUUGGGGCUGGUAAACGCAUACCACGACUACGCCGCCGAAAAGCUGUCACAGUUGCGCAAGCCCCGCCGUCAGGGUUCAAUUGGCGACAACGAGAUGGACCUGGACGAUGAAGAAGAGGCAGAGGCUGCGGCAGGUUCAGAAGAGAUUCGAGUGUGGGAGCAAGAAAGACAGACGUGGGAUCUUGUCCGUCGCCUGAUCCCACUGAGAUAUUCUGUUCAAACCUCUGCAAACCAGCAAGCUACGAACAAUGGAGGAGAUCUGUGGAGGGCAUUUCUCGCAAACGACCAAUUGGCGACGGAGAGGAAGACCAUUCUCGAAUGGUUACAACAAGGCGCGAGAGCUGGCCCCGACAUUGACGACCUCGUCCGGGAGCUCCAGCAAAACGCCGACAGAGGAGACAUUAUCGCUCACGGUUGGAUACACACAAGGUCGGCCAUCAAGCUGCAGAAGAGUGUGAUUGGUUCUUCACGCCCGCUUGAUGUGCAUUUUCCGGAGGUGGCACGCUCUCUGGUCAACUCAGACAAGGCGCCACUUGUUGCCGAACUAGACCCAGACUCUGUGAUCAGACAGGGUCGGAAGUUGGAGCCGCAGGAUGAGUACUUUGAGAGAGCCAUCUGGGUGGGCUGCUUUCAGCUUCUUCGAAGAGGCUGUAGCUUAGAGACUACGCGAGAGUGGUGCUUGGAGAGAACGGAAGUUUGGAGGGCUGUGUCCAUGUCCGCCUUACCUCUCGCAAGUGACCAUGGGGAGACGAAUCUUGUCGACGACCCUUCAGCGCUUGCUCUCUGGAGACGCAUGUGUUUUGCUCUAGCUCGUCAAGGCGGCACCGAUGAUAUCGAGAGAGCAGUUUACGGAGUGUUGUCAGGAGAUAUCCCUAGCGUGCAAAGAGUAUGCAAAACAUGGGACGACUUCAUGUUCAUGCACUACAACGCUUUGGUUCGCACGCAGUUCGAUACUUUCCUCCUCAGCCAAUGCUCACCGGAAGCAUCAGCAACCAUCCGCUCAUCAUUCGCCGCUUUCGACGCAGUUCAGUUCCAUGGCGAUGCUGCCACGUUGGAGCAACGCCUGAUCCGCAACCUCGAGACAAGCCCGCAUACGAGCAAAGAAGCUUUGGAACCUGUCAAGGCACUCCAGGCGGCCAUCAUAUCGAGAGACCUCCAACGACACUUCUAUGAGCAGGGCGUGGCCAUCACACAGAAGGCAAAUUCAAAGGAGGCAUCUGCGCUCAUGCCCGAUGAUAGCUGUCGCAACGUCGACGUAGUGACGGAAAAGUUCGCCGACAUCAAAAAUCCCGAUGGCCUGCGAAUUGCUGUUCACGCACUCAUCAUCUUCGAUACACUCGAUAAACUUGGGGCUCUGCAAUCGAACGCCGUGACCAUGAGUUCGGAUCAUGGUCGGCGUGAACUGCAAGAGAACACGAUUACACAGUACAUCAGCUUGCUCCGUCUAGCAGGCUUGGAGGAGUUGAUACCACUGUACUGCUCCAGGCUCCACCCAUCAAGAGCCUUCCAAGUGUUGAGCACCAACUUACUUCCCAUCACCGAUAGCGACGCUCGUCUAGACCAGCUCAGCUUAAUUCGCAAAGCAGAGCUAGACGUAGUGGAGUUUGUCAAGGCACAACCACAAUUCUUGUUCCAGACCUUGGACCCCGAUACUGCUCAAAACGAUGCAAUGCGGGAGUUCCAGAUCAUGGACGAUGGCCCAGCGUCCUUGAAGUACGGACGUUCCAUCAAAACGGACUUCUUCGGGGAAGAUCCCGAAACCAUCGAUCCGGUCGACGAGCGGUUGAUUCGGUCAGUGGAAUGGCUGCUACUCGUCGACGAGGCCUGGCCUUACGUCUUUUCCAUCGGUGUGGCGAUUUACAAGCAUUUCCUAAAGACCAUGCACUUGAAUGCGGCCAGGAGCUUCGCGAAUCGUGUACCAUUCAACGACAUUGUACGCAUGCGCUCAAGCGACUUCGCUGAACAAGAAGAAGACGAACUUUGGUGGACACGAGAUGGAGAAUUCUGGAUCAACCAGCUCGAAGCCGCGGGUGCGGUCGACCUCUCCCCAAGCCAAGUUGUGUCGGACGCCAAGAUAUUACGCGAACUUGAGUGCCUUGUCAGAGCCUUGGACACAAUGGAGACUGUCGCUUCACUGGCGGAACUGUCAAGAGAGGACCCGUCUGUGAAACGAGAUUUCUGGACGAAGGUUGGCAACGAGGUUAAGUCAGUCAAAGAACACGUACGACCUCUACUGGAUGGCUGGCUGCUUUGUGAAGAAGAGGAUAAAGAGUUGCAAGCGCUACGGGAAGCAUAUCUCCCCGAGACACUGCUCGCCUACGUCAGCACGCUCCAUUUCGCUGGCACGACGCUGACAAGGGAUAACUUUCUGGAGUGCAUGGAGCUGGCGGCUACUAUUGCGGAGAAGGGCUCUGAUGUGGCAGAGUGCUUCACCAAGGCUAAGCGAAUGAAGGAACUAGUCGAGUGUUUUGCUGCCUGCAGCAAAGCUCUGGCCGUUGCAUCGGGCGAGAAGAAGGCGGCCAAUUCGAGUAGCAAGAAGCUACGUGAAAUGGGAUGGUCACGGGAUCUUUGGUCCGUAAAGCACUGA